CCGUCCCGGGCGGAGCGGCGGGCGCUGGUGGCGCGGCCGGGCCGGGUGCCGGGCCCGCAGCACCGGAUGCAGCCGUGACGUGCCGGAGACAAUGAUUUGCAAGGAACAAAUAGUUCAGGAUCAUUGGGUGGUCUUGAUGUCCGUAGAAGAAUCCCUAUAAAGCUUAUUUCAAAACAGACCAAUAAAACCAAACCUGCACCUCGAACUCCAAGGAAUAUGAACAGGAUGCCUGCGAAGACACAAGCUGGUGAUGAAGAAGAAUUUGAUUAUAACAAGGAGGAGCGAUACGAAUGUAAAGGAGGCGAAAUGUUUGGCAAUCAAAGGAGAUUUCCUGGACCCAUUUUUUGGGAUUAUAAGAUAAACUUGCUGGGGGAGAAGGAUGAUACACCAGUCCAUUUCUGUGAUAAGUGUGGAUUGCCCAUCAAAAUGUAUGGACGCAUGAUACCUUGCAAGCAUGUUUUCUGCUAUGACUGUGCUAUACUACAUGAGAAAAAGGGAGACAAGAUGUGUCCAGGCUGUAACGAACCUGUGCAGCGAAUCGAGCAGUGUGUCCGAGGGUCUCUCUUCAUGUGCAGCAUUGUUCAAGGAUGUAAGAGAACUUACCUGUCACAGAGGGACUUACAAGCUCACAUCAACCACCGUCACAUGAGAGCUGGCAAGCCUGUUACUCGUCCCCCCAUCGAACCCGUACAUCCUCCUAUCGCCCCGCCGCCGGCCGAGAUUCCCGAGCGUUUCAUAAUGCCCCCCGAGAAGCACCACAUGAGCCACAUUCCGCCCAAGCAGCACAUCAUGAUGCCACCUCCUCCUCUGCAGCACGUGCCACACGAGCACUACAACCAGCCCCACGAGGACAUCCGUGCUCCUCCCGCAGAGAUGUCCAUGGCCCCGCCGCCCCCCCGCCCCGUCAGUCAGGACACCUUCCGCAUCUCUACGAGGAAGCACAGCAACCUAAUAACUGUCCCCAUCCAGGAUGAUUCCAACUCGGGCGCUCGAGAGCCGCCCCCGCCGGCGCCCGCACCUGCUCACCAUCAUCCCGAGUACCAGGGUCAGCCGGUGGUGUCGCACCCCCAUCACAUCAUGCCUCCCCAGCAGCACUAUGCGCCGCCCCCGCCGCCGCCGCCGCCCAUCAGCCACCCGCUGCAGCACCCUCCGCAGGCGGCAGGCACGCCCCACAUGGUGUACAGCCAGGCGCCGCCGCCCCCCAUGACCUCUGCCCCGCCGCCCAUCACGCCGCCGCCCGGACACAUCAUCGCCCAGAUGCCGCCCUACAUGAACCAUCCUCCUCCGGGACCUCCCCCCCCGCAGCACGGAGGCCCACCUGUAAAUGUCAAUGCUCCCCCUCCCCACCACUAUAACCCCAACUCUUUGCCACAGUUCAGUGAAGAUCAAGGAACUCUUAGUCCCCCUUUCACACAGCCUGGGGGAAUGAGUCCAGGGAUAUGGCCAGCUCCAAGGGGGCCGCCUCCACCUCCCAGGAUGCAAGGGCCUCCUGCUCAGGCGCCCCUUCCUGGACCACAUCACCCUGAUCAAGCCAGAUACAGACCCUAUUACCAAUGAUACAAGCAACUGUAUGAAUAGAGAAUGCCAUGAAGAGGAUAAAACUAAAUACAGAAGCCUUUUAAUUAAUUGUUUUGGGGUUAUUUUGUUGUGGUUUUUUUAAGAAUACCGUCAUUUUGACUGUAAGACAUUUUGAGGUUUGAAUCUUAAAUGAUUUUUAAGCCUUGGCCGUAGGACUCUUAACUUCAAAUACUCUGUAGUGCUAAAAUAAGUGGCUUAGUAGACCACAGUUGCAUUUUAACAGAACUCCUGUUGCUAGUGUGGCUAAAUUGUCCUAAGAUGAUCACUUGUAAUAUUAUUUCCUGGAGAAGAUGAACACGUGUUGUACCAUUCUGAAUAUUGUUUUUGUUAAACCCCGUGUUUUUGUUAACCUGUGUACAAUAAUUAAAUUGAAAUAUGGUUGUAAAUGUGGUGAGUUUUUAUAUGAAGUUAACAUACACAUAGUUCUGGGACACCAUUUCAACACGUAUACCUUCCAAACAGCAGUGUAGUGAAAUAUUAAAGGAACUUUAAUAUUUCUCCUACUGCCAUUUACCGUUACUCAUGAGGAUUUCAGGCUGUAACGAAUUCUUGGCACUAGAAAUCAGACAUGCAGAAUUCUGCGUUUACCACAUUCCAGCUUUUCCACUUUUUUCUUUAUGCAUCAAAAUGAAUCUAUCAAAGAUAGAGCUUUGGGCAUGACAUGAAACCAUGUAUUCUGGGUUUUUUUGUUUGAGUAUUUGGAGUUUGUUUUAAAGCUAGUUUUGAUUCGGAAGGUUCUGUUUACAUGUAAGCUGCUCAGUGGAGUUGAAUUCAAACUACUGUGUUUACCUAUGGCUGUGUUUGUGUGGAAGUGGCUGUGAACUGGCUUGCCAUGUCCAUGAAAAGCAGCUUCUUUUAGGCAGGGAAGUCACUUGCCUCUCUCACUUUAUAUAAUGUGUACAGUAGGAGAACUUCCCAUUUGGAUAACAUGAGAAAAGUGGUCUGAAAUCCCAUGUGUAGAAAUAAAAAGGUACACAUUAUUUAUCUGCUUUGAUUUUGUGAUACAGGUUUAGUUGAUCAGUCAGUCAUUAGGUGUUUUGCUUUUCUCAAAAACUAGCAAUAUCAGCAGGCUUUUAGUUCUGUUUUUGUCCAAAAUUUUUGUUUUGUGAGAAUACAUUUAAAGAGAAACAUAAUAUAAAAUGAGAAGGUUCCUUUUUAGUGCAGCUGGUAGCAGAAGCAGACACUAACAAGACAGUACUGUCUGUUGGUUGGAGUGUUUAUCUUUCCAUUUCUUAUAAGUAUUUGCACUGAACCAUUGUUUUUCCAAAUGCCACGUUUCUGGCAGUGGUGCUUUUAGAUUAAGUCCUUUGGGAUUUUUUAAAAGUUUGUAGUUUCCUACUGUUCUCAAAUAAUCUGAGCCAUCUUAAAGCCUCAGUGUUACUUUUUAUUUUGUGAAAAUUCUCUUCCAGAAUCAUAAGUGUUAAAUUUAUGAAAGAGCUGUGACAGUGCAACAUUCCAAAUUUUGUAUUUUUAUGUCUAAACUUCAUAUUUUUAAUUGGUAGAGCAAGGGCUCUUUAGAUUUAUUCUGUUCUUGACUGCCAUUGAUUUCUUGUGGCCAAAUCUUUUGAACUGCCUUUCAAGUAAAACCUCCUUUAGAGAUGGGAUACAAAUCAAUUCCAGGAUAUGCAAAUGGCCAGUAAGUGUCAACUGCUUGAAAAUCUGCUUAGCUGUAACAUACUUCUUUCUAAGAGAGAGUUAUUUGGUUUGGUUGCUCUGAAAACUAAGUAAUUUUAAAUAAAAUACAGUGGUGAAGAAAAAGAG